GGUUAGGAACUCCACAGCAGCGCUCACAGCUCAGUGUUUUGUACAGUCGCUCCGCCGAGCUCCUACUUUCUUCGUUACUGUAACCCCGCCGAGCUCGGUUAAACACACACAGCGCGAACAUUUGGGCUUUUAUUAUUUUUAUCUAGUCUCGGUUUAACAGUCGUAGAUGGAUUAUAGAAAGAAGUAGGACAUCUGGAAGCCGCUUUUGAACAGACGUGAGAAGAGAAGGGGAUUCGGACUCGGACAAGAUCUGAAUGUAGCAGGCGGUGUGUCGGCUUCAGUCAGCCCGCUUUCGAGGAUUCUUACACGGUUUAGCGAGCUGAGCAACCUCGGGCAGCUGGAGGCUUGAGACUGCCUGCCAGGUUGAGGUGAUUCGGGGUUCCCAGCUGACCCCCAAGUUCCUCAGAUGAACCCCAUCAACUCCAUGAAACCUGCCCUGCCUCCAACGCCACACAGUGACGGCUCAUACCCAUAUGACCCAGCGUCCUGGCAGCAAGGUACCAACCAGCCCCCCGGCUCCCUGUCUGUGGUAACCACAGUGUGGGGGGUUACCAGUCCUUCACCCAGCCAGGUAUUUGGCGCUCCCAUGGGCCCGGGAGGCAACUCGGCUGGUGGUCACAUGAUGCCCGGUAACAGCCCUGGCAUGAACUCUCCCCAGUUCAUGGGCCAGCAGGGCUACCCCGAGCCCAACAAGGGCUACAUACAGCAAGGCAUGUACGGCCGGCCCAGUGGGGGCUAUCCGACUGGACCAGGAUACGGGAGCAGUUACCCCAAUAAUGGCGGCGGCUCCCUUGGGAUGCCUCCGCACGGCGUCCGCCCUCCCACCGACUUCACCCAAGCCGCCGCCGCUGCUGCCGUUGCCGCCGCCGCCGCCACGGCAACCGCCACUGCCACAGCCACUGUUGCCGCCAUCCAGGAAAAGCAGAACCAGGAGAUGAACUAUGGGCCUAUGGGUGGUGCUUCCUCUUACAACACGCAGUUCCUGUCCCACCCCGGACCUCGCGGCCCACCGGGCAUGGCUUCCUCUGGGAUGGUGGGAUCGAGACCCCCAAACAUGGGAGGCAUGUAUGGCUCGCAAGGCCAGCGCAUGCCACAGCACGCUGUCUAUCCGGGAGGACAGCAGGGACCGCCGGUUCGGCACCAGCAAGGGCUGAAACGUCCUUACAACUCCGAGGGAUUCCCAGGGCAGCAGUAUCCCUCUGGUAUGGGGGCCGCAGGACCUUACCCAGGCCAGCCUAUGCAGUACCAUGGCCCUGGUCCUCAGCGAUCAGCUCCUUCGCCUUCCUACACAGGCCACAGAAUGCCAAUCCAGCAAACCAACAUGGGCCAGUAUCCUGCAGGACCAGGAAACCCAGGCCAGUACUACAAGGCAGAUCAGUUCAACGGGCAAGGCAACAACCACGGAAGUAUGACUACUGCAGUGGCAGGAGGUGGAGGGUACAACACCUUUAACCAAGGAGCUGUGAAUGGGCCUGGACGGGCUAUGCCUGGCUACCCCAGCUCUCCCUUGCCAGGAAACCCUACCCCUCCUAUGACUCCUGGCAGCUCUAUGCCACCUUAUAUGUCACCCGGCCAGGAUGUGAAGUCUCCCUUUCUCCCUGAUGUAAAGCCCAACAUCAACACAUUGCAGCCCCCUACAGGGAACCCGAGCGAUGACCUGCGGCUGACUUUCCCAGUGCGGGAUGGGGUGGUGCUGGAUCCCUUCCGACUGGAGCACAACCUGGCUGUCAGCAACCAUGUCUUCCAACUACGGGAUUCUGUUUAUAAGACGCUCAUGCUGAGGCCAGACCUGGAGUUGCAGUUCAAGUGUUACCAUCAUGAGGACCGGCAGAUGAACACCAACUGGCCUGCCUCCGUUCAGGUCAGCGUGAACGCAACGCCUCUUACCAUUGAGCGAGGCGACAACAAGACCUCUCAUAAGCCCCUCUACCUGAAACAAGUGUGUCAGCCUGGCAGGAACACCAUCCAGAUUACAGUCACCGCGUGUUGCUGCUCUCAUCUGUUUGUGCUGCAGCUGGUUCACAGGCCCUCGGUACGCUCUGUGCUUCAGGGCUUGAUGAAGAAAAGGCUCCUGCCUGCUGAGCACUGUGUCAAUAAGAUAAAGAGGAACUUCAGCAGUGGCACCAUUCCAGGAACUCCUGGUCUGAAUGGUGAGGACGGCGUGGAGCAGACGGCCAUCAAGGUCUCCCUCAAAUGUCCAAUCACAUUCCGCCGCAUCCAGCUUCCUGCUCGGGGUCAUGAUUGUAGACACAUACAGUGCUUUGAUCUGGAGUCGUACCUGCAGCUAAACUGUGAAAGAGGGACCUGGCGCUGUCCUGUUUGCAAUAAGACGGCUCUUCUGGAAGGUCUAGAAGUGGAUCAAUAUAUGCUGGGCAUUCUCAUCUACAUCCAAAAUUCAGACUACGAGGAGAUCACCAUUGAUCCAGUGUGUAGCUGGAAGCCAGUACCCAUUAAACCAGACCUACACAUUAAAGAGGAUCCGGAUGGUCCAGCGCUGAAGAGAUGUCGUACCCUCAGCCCCAGCCACAUGAUCCUUCCCAAUGUCAUGGAGAUGAUUGCAGCACUAGGGCCGGCAUCCUCGCCCUACCACUCUUUACCACAAGGUGGCAGUAGCAGCACGCCUGAUUAUCCCAGCCAGGCUGGUUCAGGAUAUUCCAAUCAGCCAGGUUUCUCAGACUUCUCCAACGCCCCAGGCACGCCGACUCUGGGCGAAUUUUCCUCGGGGCCUCCACCCCUUUCCUACCAGUCAGACCUGCCCAGUGGCCUCCUAACUCCUGAGAAACCAGUGGGGCAUCCCAUGUCCGGACAGAUGCCUCACUCUAGUCGCAUGGACCCAUCACACAACCCCCUCCAACAACAGCAGCAGCAACCACCACCCCAACAGCAGCAUCAAGCUCUCCAUGGCGGGUCUAACCUGGGCGGCCCAGGAGGACCCAUGCAUUCACGCAGUUCUUCCCAGAAUCCUCGGCUGCAUACAGACAGCUUUGGUUUGGGUGGCCCUGGGGGACCAGGGGACGUAGCAGAGCCGACCCUUGAUCUGCUUCCGGAGCUGACGAACCCGGAUGAGCUGCUGACCUACUUGGGUCCUCCUGACCUCCCCAACAACAGCAGUGAUGACCUGCUCUCACUGUUCGAGAGCAACUGAAUCGACACACAGCUCGCACGCCACCUCCAGCUUAGCCAUGCCAUUCUGAAAACACCCAGCCCUACAUACUCGCAGCACGCCACAAGGAGCUUUGAGACUCGGGACUGGAAGUCCUAACCAACGUUGGAGUUUAAUCAUAGACCUGCCCUGUUCCUUUAAGACUGAAACUCUGCUCAGAAAUGCUCAGAACGAGGAAGGCGCAGUAGUUCUAAUGUGACUAAUGUUAAUGUGUCUUCAACGUUAUCGCUAGUCUCCCUCCGAACUAUAUUGAGGUUUUAAUGUGAUUUUGAUUUGAAGAGUCCCUGUCAUGUUUUCAGCUGCAGCAAAAUCCAUUUGUAGAAAAGCGCCACAUCUGUUGUCUGACGUGCUUGGUGUAUAUUCCAUCGCAGAUGAGGGAGGGAGAAAAAGCCAGCAUUGAAUUUGCCCAUCAUUUGUUCUUUAUCUUUAUUUGAUUAUAUGUGAAGUACUGACAUUCUUUAAAGUUAAGAAUAAUAAGAAGGACUUAAUGUUGGUGAUGCUCCAUGUUCUCUGAGAGCAAGAGAGGAGCCAAAUGCUGUACUUCUGGCAUUGGUUCUAACUCGAAUGCUUGUAAGAGCUGGAAAUACCAAUGGACCUUGCAAACACAAGACACAAACAUGCCUUACCUCACAAGGUAAAAUAAAAUCAUCCACCAGUAAGCUUGAAUGCUACCACAUACGCCCAUUACUAGAUGCCCAGAAGUCAGUUUAGAUUUUGAAUAGAAGCCACUGUGCCAGCUGCAUGCUUAUUCUUCAUGUUGUUUAGAGAUGCAAAGCAUAUCUCAUGGUAACAUCAAGAAAACGUAUUGUACGUAUCUGGUCGCACAAAAUAAGGCUGCAUGCAAAGGCAGGCUUCUGAAUUCUCUUCUGUUCUGUAGGUUAUACAAAACCUUAAAGUCUUGGGGAGAUGAAGUUGAAGCACACGUGUUCGCACAUAAAUACCACAGACCAAAACAUGUUUGUUUCGGAUGAGCACUCGUCUUCUCCCAGCUUUGUCUCCAAAACCGGUCUUCCUGUCCUGUUCGGAUCUUGUGCUAAUUGUAAUUCCAUCCUGCACAAGACAGAAGUAUCAAUACUGACCAAUCAUACAAGUUUCUGGUUUUUACUUGGUUUCAAAUAUGCAAAAGAUCAUACAGCUGAGGGCUUAACUGAUCUGGUCGAAUAAAGAUAAAGAGGAUUUAUAGAGCACAAGCAAUCAUAUAAUGCGGACAGGGUGGCUCACUGGCAUUUAAGUGGGCUCGAUGCUACUGUACAAAGAGUGCACCAGAUUCUAACAUUAAUUUUUGAUGACAUGUCCUGUUUGGCACAUCAGGAUCGGUCUAAUGGCAGUACCCAUUAGUUAUAGGGAAUAUAAUGAAAAGUAUAUGUACAGAUAAUUAGACUGUUAUUGUUACAGAUGUAAACACUCUAUACCCUGUGAUGAAUUUUAGUCAACCCCCAACACACACACACACACAGAGACAGAGGCACAACACUAUCAAAAUUAUAAAUUUUGUCAGACGCACUCAAACUUGUUGCAGUCCUCUUUCAUUUCAGUUGCAAAAGAGACUCGAUGGAGAGGAGGACAGUGUGCUGCCCGUUUCCUGUCUUGUCUUAUUUUAUUAUUUAUGAUUGCUCUGUGGACAUUAUGGGCAAAAUGCAGUUCGUAUCCUAAACAAUCCAGGGAGAGUCAGGAGUUCUUGGAUGUGCAAUUGUUUCUGAAGACAUUUGUGUAUCAUACAAUUUUAUCUUUUAAUUAUAUAAUUAUUGUUAUUAUAAUAAUUAUAAAGAUAAUUGGUGGACCUGUAUGCAUCUCUCUUAUGUGUGUUAUCUAGCAAAGUUUAUGAAUUUGUAAAAAAAAAAACACAAAAAAAAAAAAAAAAGGAAAGGAUAAAAGUACUAUCAAAUCAGUGGCUAUGAAGGGUUUCAAUAAAAGCUUCAAUAAAGACUGGGAAAAACUUUGUUGAGACCAGCAAGUCACACUUACUGUGCAUCCGUUAAGAAAACAAUGUUUGACCGUCAUGUGUAGGUGAAUCUUUUAAGUUUUAACAAUUUAAUUGAACUUGUAAAAUGUUAAUCAUUUUUUGUUUUUCUAAAGAUGUGAAAUAUUUCCAUUAUGUUUUUUAAGUAAAGACUUAAGCCCCA